AUGAGCGCUCUGUACAAGACUAUUCUCCCUGCUCCAGAUGCUUCUGGUGAUCCUGGAGGCCAGGACCCAGAUAGGCGGGUGGCCAAGCGGAGAAGGGCGAACAGACCGAACGCCUGCGAGAACUGUCGCAUCAAAAAAGCCCGUUGUGACGGUAAAAGGCCCAAUUGCUCCAAGUGCGAGAGAUGGGGGACAACCUGUGUCUACAGCGUUGACCACCUGGCCAACGUAGAGAGGGAUCUCAAGGACCAUCGUGAUGUUCUCGAGCUGUUGAUGUCGCUGCCCGAGGAAGAGGCACUUGCAGCUCAUCGCCAACUGAGAAGCACCAACAGCCUGUCCGAUGCAUUGUCGUCGCUCCGGGGUAGCAUGCACGGGAGGCAUCAGCCCUCUAGUAUGCGGACUGCCCAGGCGAUAUCGCCGCCGACGUCCUCAAGUCUCGAGUUCGAGCUGACUGUGCGGCAUCCCAUGGCGUAUCCGACUGUAUUCCCUCUAGACCUCCCCUCCUUGAGCGCUGAUCCGCGAUUACGGCCCGUUCAACGCCCAUCUCACGGACUGUUGCUGGAAGGCUCCUCGCCGUCUGACACCAUGUCACCGUCGACUUCAUCCAGCAAUGAUCAAUCUGGCGCUACACCAAGCAACCAGUCUUUUGAACGACCCAGCAUCAAGCAUGAGGGAGACUCCGUUGGCCACCACCAUGACCAACACUGUGACGAGAGGUUACACCAGCUGCAGAUUGGAUACUGGACCGGCAUAACCAUCGAAAAUGAUGUCGCCGCGAAUGCCAUUUCGCACUACCUUCGGAGUAAUCACCCCAUUUUUGGACUCUUCGAUCCCGACCUUUUUAUACACCACCUCAUCCACCGCAAACACCAGUAUUGCUCAUCAUUUCUAGUGAACGCCCUAUUGGCCCACGCUUGCCAAGCGUACUCAGCGAUCGACGAAACAGUGAGCGCUUUGAGUCAAGAUUUUAUGAGAGAUGCCAGUGUUUUGUGGCGAGCUGAGCGAUCGUCCGACUCACUUGUCAAUGUAGCUGCUAUUCUCAUGCUGAGUGUUAGUUGCCAUCUCGAGAGGUCUAGCGUUGAUAGCAAUGAUCUUCUCAAUGAGGGUCGUGCAAUGGCGGAGCGAAUGAAGCUUUUCGGCGUGCAGCAUACCCCAGACAACGCUGCAUCGUUCGACAGCUUGGAUCCAGAUACCAAGAGAGCAAUGGCUCAUACAGCCUGGGGUGCAUACAGCUACCUCACACUCAACUCGUUCUGGGUGCCAACCAAGCCAAUAGCGUUCCCACCAAUGUUUCCAGUGCCCGGCAGAAACAACGAGGAUACGAUAGACGAAAGGUUAGCAGUUCACUGGCCUCGACACUUCAUACCUGACUAUGCAGGCAAAACGUUCCAAGCGCUAUGUGAACUCUGGACCAUAAUGCAGGAGGUUGUGGCUGUUUACUUCUCCCAGCAGGGAGAUGGAGACGAAGCUUCCAUGAGGAUUCCUCUGGCGUUUGUCGAGGCCAAGUAUUCCAAGAUUCUUUCUUUAACAGACUCUCUACCGCCCGAGAUGUCCUCCAUCAAUCCGGUGUCUAUGCCUGAUCAUGUUUUAGCGUUUAAUAUUCUACUUCAUGUUGCCAUAACACAUAUCUUUCAUCCAUUUAUUAUGGAUCUCAGCAACUCACAGGCCUCUGCUUCCAUGCAGGCCCCCAAAGCUGUCUUGAGAUCAUCUAUAAAUCAGCUCCAGCGUCUAAUACUUAUCAGUCGACUGCACCAUCCCUACGCCCACACGAUUAGCGUUCUCAGUUCCGCAGUAGUCCACGUGAGCAACACGAUAAUCCGCGAUGCAGCAGUCCGAAAGCAAACAGCCCAGGCAGAAAGCCUCAAAAGGAAAUACGCUCACCGCGUUAGCACGGAGGAUCAAAGUCGGCACUUCUACUUCCUCGUAUGUCUGGCAGCCUGUCAAGACCUAGGCGCCUGCUUCCCUGUCUGCGAACCAAUGGGAAAGGGCCUCCUUGCUAUGGCAAUGCGGGACGGGACCAUGUCAGCUGCUGAAGCGAAGAGGCUGAUGCGUGCGCUCGAAGCCCCGAAGCAAAACCCCAAGGACGGCGUGUUUGGGAGUUUUGUGCUGGACUUUGAUUUAGAGGCUACAAAGCCUGGUGGUGGUCACAUUAAAGAUUUGGCUGCGCAGUUUGAGGAGCUCAGCAUGCACAAUGAAUUCACAGAAGGAGGAGACUUUGUCAUCGAGUAA